UGCUUCCACGAUGAUAUCGGCACUGCUACUUGUGCUCGCAACGGUCGUUUUCGCAGACGGCGAGUGGACAGUUCAUAAUUUCAAUCGAAGCCUGGUCCACCCAUUGAAAGAUGCCAAGGAUAAUUUUGUCUACGUGACUUUUUCGCUGAACGAUCACGAAGCCAUCAAGUUAAAUUUCCAAGACGAGCGUAAAUCGUGCGUUGUUCCUCACGAGUUGCCGUACAAUACGAGGAGCAAACACAAAGUCGCCGCUCUCGGCAACGGCAAAGUCAUCGUAACGAUGAUGAACAAUCAGAUGAAUCGGGCUAGAAUAAGUGACGCGAUAACCAAAUUCGACUGGAAGCUGUCUAUAAUCGAUCCUAAUAAUUGCAGUUAUCAGCACAAAAUUAUCGGGCAUGUGAAGACGAGCUUCGACAACAUCUUGCCGUACGUGGAUACUUUUGAUCUCUACGCCAAAAGCAAUCAAAUUAGCAAAGUGCUGAGGUUUAAGGACAACGGCGAACUUGAAGGAUUUUCAGCGAUUGUCCCAGAUAAGAAGGGCUUGGGAAUAAAAGUCGCCAAAGAAUACGAUCCUAGCCAAGGUUACUACUACGUGGUGCCAAAUCGUAAGAAGAGCCAGUCGAUUAUCAAGAAACUCAAUUCGCACUUCCAGGUGACGAAAACCUACGUAGUCGAGCGUGACAGACUGUCUCAAGAUCCACAAUCUUACUCGAUGAACUACGGUAGAAUUACAUUUUGCUACUUCACCGGUAACAGAAUGAAUCUCGAGUGCGCUGUCAUCAAUGGCGAAUUGGAUCGUGAGUUGCUUAAGAUUCGACUGAUCUAUGAACACGCGUUAUCGGGAACGACAGUCGUCAACUUCCGACAUGGGUUUGCUGUUGUUCAUUAUCAGCGUCACAAGAAUCAAAUGUCCACUGUUUAUGCUCGUCGAGUGAGCGAGGCAGGCGAAAUUGGAUCGGUUGUGAAAAUCGGUGAAGUGACCGACGCAAUACACUACGUUUAUAGUUUUGUUAUGAACGAUGGAAAAUUAUGCGUUGUCGUCACUUUUGGCGAUGCCGUUCUGACCAAAUAUAUCGAUCUUGACUGAUAAGCAUUAAUGUGUCUUUUUUUAUACUUUACUUUUUAUGCAAUAAAUUUGAAAUAGUUUUUUCGUGUAAAUGACGAAAUAAUUAUAACCUUGCACACCAUUGAUAGUUUUUUCUUCAAAUCCCAACUGUAUACUGAUAUCAGUGUCUCGAA